AUGGCGGCUACCGAAAAUGCGUUGAUUAUGCAUAAUGACAUUCCAAUGGAGCUACCUGAACUUCCUCCUAAUCAAGGUCUGGAAGCCUUCAAGGAUAUCGUCUUCGGAUCCGUCGCGGGAAUGAUAGGCAAAGUUAUUGAAUAUCCUUUUGACACGGUUAAAGUACGGCUGCAGUCACAACCGGAUCACCUUCCCCUCCGAUACAAUGGGCCAUUAGACUGCUUCCGCCAAUCAUUCCAGGCGGAGGGUCUUCGGGGACUCUAUCGGGGUAUCAGUGCCCCCAUGGCGGGGGCAGCCGUUGAGAAUAGCUGUUUAUUCUUCAGCUAUCGUGUGGUUCAAGACAUACUGAGGGCGACAUGUUAUUCAUCAACGGAGUCCCUGCCCUUCUCUGCCUUACUAUUCAGCGGCGCUGCCUCGGGAUCCAUCACCUCUCUCGCUUUGACACCUAUCGAACUCAUCAAAUGCAAGAUGCAGGUGCCCUUAGAGACUCCUGGUGCUCGUGCACCGGGGCCAUUGGGGCUCAUAGUAUCUGUGUUCCGCCAUGAUGGCAUAUUAGGAUUCUGGCGGGGCCAAAUGGGCACCCUUAUCCGUGAAACGGGUGGAGGCGCUGCGUGGUUUGGAGGGUACGAGGGAGUGUCCGCGCUUUUUCGAUCGUACCGACACCCACCGUCAACAGUCGGUUCCUCCGAAGCAGAACCAACAGCUCUCCCUCUUUAUCAACAAAUGCUUGCCGGAGCGGCGGCUGGUAUCAGCUACAAUUUCCUUUUCUAUCCCGCCGACACUGUCAAGUCACGGUUGCAAACAGAAGACAUUAAUAAUACCUCUCUCAAUAAACGACAAACUUUUUGGGGUGCUGGCAAGGGUCUUUGGCAGCAGCAAGGCCUCAGGGGUCUAUAUCGAGGUUGUGGCAUUACCUGUGCGCGCUCUGCACCUAGCUCGGCUUUCAUUUUUACAGUAUUCGAAGGCCUACGGAGUUACUUUAGUUGA